GCAGGAAUCUACCUUUCUCUUCCCAUUCAAAUUAAGAACAAAUUCCCCAUUUUCUUAUUUGUUCAGGUUUUUUUCACCUUAACUCCUCAUUUCCGUUUCCCGCCCUUCUUCGCUUACUAUUUUCUUCCUUCUGUUUUCUCACAUGAUUAUCCCUUUACCUUCGCUAACAAAAUUUUCAUCAAAAUAUCUUCUCUGAUCUCAUAAUCAUCAGUUAUGAAACUUGUUUGUUUUUCUGAGGUUUUACGUUUUUCAAUGGAUAAAAUUCGUUUGAGCUGUUGUUGCAAUAGAAAAGAAGGAAAGAGAACAAUAAAUUUAGCCAUCUAGGGUUUUAGAUUUGGAAAAGAUAAGGUUUUAAUUUAAUGGCAGAAUAUGGUCGACAUCAUAAUAUUACUACUGGGGAUGGUAAUGGAAAUAAUAAAUUAUCAUCUACCGAAGCUGGAAUUCCAUCUGGACUUAAUCGAAUCAAAACUACCCGUAAAUCUACUGAUCGAUUAUUAAAUUUUAUGAAUAAUAACCAUAAUAAUAAUGAAGGUGGUUCUCCUAGAUCGAGUGGAAUUGGAUUUUUUCGACCUCCGCCCCCUCCUCCUCCACCCGUUGCUGUUGCCAAGCAUAAAACUGGUCAAUACGGAAAUAAAGAAGGUCAUCACAAAGGGAAGAACUUCGCUCGAUGGUUCACAUCGUAUCUCUCUAAGGGUUAUUAUCAAGUACCUAAUAAUAAUAUUUCAGUCAAAACUGAGGUUGGAGAGUCGGAAAUUAAAAUGCUCAAUAAGGAAGGUGCUGAUGUAGCUAAACAUCCAGCUGGAAAGGAAUCAUCAACAGAGCAGUUGGGCACAAGAAAAAUCCCAAUAGGUUUAAAAAGUUUUUCUCAUGAAUUAGGACCAAAGGGUGGUAUACGACCUGUCCAUCCACGUGCACACAGCUACAAUGACUUAAAAGAGCUUUUGGGUUCGCUUCAUUCAAGGUUCGAUGCCGCUAAAGUUGUGGUGGAUACCGAGCUGACUAAUUUUGCAGGCAGUGUUGAAGAGAUUCUUACGAGGAAGGGAUCCUCAUCUCCGGAUGGGCAAAAAGCGGCAGAGGACCUUUUGAUUCUAGCCCAACAAUGCAUAGGAAUGACCUCCACAGAGUUCCGUACGAAGUGUGAGAGAAUUGUGCAUGAUCUGGCUGAGAAAAGGCAGCAGUGUCAAGGAGGUUUGCUGAAACAGUUGUUUACUCAUAUGCUCUUUAUCUUGACUCGCUGCACCAGGCUGUUGCAAUUUGAGAAUAUGGAGCCGAUUAAUGAAGAUUCUCUUUUUAAAUUUAGGCAAUGCCUAGAAAGCAUUCCUACUGUUGAAAUGAACUGGGGACCUCCGAAGGAUAAUGCCAAACAGGGAUUGAGUACAGCAUAUUCUCUCCCAUGCAAGCCCGACCAAGUUAACAGAAAGGUUAAAACUCCGAGUAACGAUUCCGUUUUCUCAACAGAGAAGCCAUUGUCCCGUAGUUCUCAGGUUGAGAGCCGAUUAGGUGAAACUUGUAUCACAGAGUUUCAUUCGCAAACUGGUAGCGCUACUACAACCAGGCAUUUCUCCUCUUAUAGGGAGGAUAUUGGAGGUUUACCUAAAAAGCUGCUUAAAAAAUCCAGUGGUGAUUCACUUAAUGGAAAGGAUAGGAUUAUUGAUGGAUCUGAUUCAGUAAUAUGUAGGAUAUGUGAGGAAAUUGUUCCAACGACGCACUUGGAAUCUCACUCUUAUAUAUGUGCUUAUGCGGAGAAAUGUAACUUAAACUCCUUGGAUGUGAAUGAGCGCCUAGCCAAACUUACAGAGAUAUUGGAUCAGAUUGUAGAGUCCUGCACCCUUGGUUUUAAUGUAUCCUAUGAAAGCCCAGAUACUUCAAAAUUACGAACUGCAAACUCUAUGACUGGGUCUGAAGUCCAGUCCCCUAGGAUAACCGAGUGGCACCAUAAAGGAGUAGAAGGUAUGUUCGAAGAUAUUCAUGAGAUGGACACAGCUUGUAUAGAUGAUUCACACCAUGGAGGUUUGAGUAAUUUGAAAAGCCAUUUGGCUGUGAAGCUCAGUCAGUGUGGUGCAACCUCUUCUACCGGGAGCCAGACUUCGGCUUCGUCAACAAAUACACCAAGAACAAGCCAUUUUGAGUUGUUCUGGUUAGAGUAUAAUAACACAUCUGAGCCAGAAGAUUUACACCAGAUGAGUGAGCUGGUUGACAUUGCUAAUUGCAUAGCAAGCACAGAUCUUAUGAAAGAAGGGUCCCCUGACUAUCUAGUUGAAUGCAUGCGCGACUUGCAGGAUAUUUUACUGGAGUGCAAGGUCAGAGCUCUGGUAAUAGAUACAUUUGGAAGCCGUAUAGAGAACCUCCUAAGGGAAAAAUAUGCUCUUGCUUGUGAGGUGAUGGAUGACAGAAGUCCUACAGAUGUAAGCAAAUUUAAUGGCAGUGGAUGCUUGGGGGAUAGUACUUCACAAAGUAGUACAAUGUCAACUCCUUCACAUGGCACACAUAAAGAGCGAACUAGCAUUGAUGACUUUGAAAUGAUCAAACCUAUUAGCAGGGGCGCCUAUGGGAAAGUCUUCCUUGCACGCAAGCGAACAACAGGAGAUCUAUUUGCGAUAAAGGUGCUCAAAAAAUUGGAUAUGAUAAGGAAAAAUGAUAUUGAGCGUAUACUAGCAGAGCGUAACAUAUUAAUCACAGUCAGGAACCCAUUUGUGGUACGGUUCUUUUAUUCAUUCACAUGCAGAGAUAAUCUCUAUUUGGUUAUGGAAUAUUUGAAUGGAGGUGACCUGUACUCAUUGCUUAGAAAAGUGGGUUGCUUGGAAGAAGAUAUAGCUCGAACAUAUAUUGCUGAAUUGGUACUUGCUUUAGAAUAUCUUCACUCCAUGGGAAUAGUUCAUCGUGAUUUAAAACCAGACAACAUAUUAAUCGCGCAUGAUGGACACACAAAGCUUACAGAUUUUGGACUGUCAAAAAUUGGGCUUAUAAAUAGCACUGUUGACUUGUCUGGAUCUGAGACAGAUGAAACUUCCCCGAUAGAUACUGAAGACUUGCAUACUUCUUUUGAGCAUACUGCACAAACAGAGGAGAUAACUAAACGAUCAGCUGUUGGCACACCUGAUUAUUUGGCACCUGAGAUUCUUCUUGGAACGCAGCAUGGUUAUGCAGCUGAUUGGUGGUCGGUGGGAGUAAUCCUUUUCGAGCUUAUAACAGGAACACCACCUUUCAAUGCUGAAUGUCCUCAGAGUAUCUUCGCCAACAUUCUGAAUCAAAAAAUACCAUGGCCGGCCGUUCCUACUGAUAUGUCUUUUGAAGCCCGAGACUUGAUUGAGAGCUUUCUUAUUCAUGACCCGGAUCAGCGCCUUGGAGCCAAUGGAGCAUCAGAGGUAAAAGCACAUUCCUUCUUCAAGGGAAUCAACUGGGACACCCUUGCCUUACAAAAGGCUGCGUUUUUGCCAAGCCCUGAUAGUGCAGAUGAUACAAGCUAUUUCACAUCAAGGUAUUCUGAAAUUUCACAUGGAGUACCUGAAGAUCAGCACUGUAGUGAUACUGGCUCUGAUUCAACUGGUUCUUGCUCAGACUGUGAACAUGAGAUCGGUGAUUGUGGCGAACUGAACGACUUUGAAUCUCCUCCUUUAGAUCUUUCCAUGAUGAAUUUUUCUUUCAAGAAUUUGUCGCAAUUGGCAUCCAUUAAUUACGAUUUGCUCAUACAAAGUGGGAGGACUCCUUCGAAGGGUUCAUCCCCCACAAGAGAUGGGGAAUUUUAACUCAUCGAUAACUCAGCUUUUCUUUUCUAUUCUGUUACACUUGGCAUAUGUUUUCGGUUUUAUUCCUUUCAGGUGAGCUAUCUAUGUACUGUUGAGAUCAUUAUGAAUCAAGUAGUAUUUUUGUCCACCUGAUCCAGCAAUUUCAGGUUUUUCCUUUCCACUAUCGAUGACUAUUUUGAUGUCGCAUUGUGUGUGACACAUUUACCUACCCUUAUUAUGCUAUAUAUGUACCUUGAAAUGAUGAAGAAAAAAGAACCAAGUUCAAAUCAAUAGCACAAGUAUCGUCCUUA